ACGUCAGCGUGGCCAGUAAGCCGAAGGCUGAGUCGACAUCGAAGGUUUUGGCCAGCGCUGGGUGUGUGCGUGUAUCACAACAAAUGCGGACUAAAUUUGUUAAAGUGGCCACCUGUUAAGUAAGUUGACCUCACGUUUAAUGCACGCGCCGACACUUAUCACGGGAACAGCGUAGUCGUGCAAAUGAAAGGAACAUAGUCGACUUCCUGUUUAAGCAGUGACAACUAGGGCUGGGUCGCUGUGGAUUGGCACAAUAGGCUGUGAAAUGUCAUCUCUGAUGGUCUGCUAGGUUUCUCGAUGUUUCAUGUAAACGCUGAAAAAGCCUUCGCCUUUCCUUUGCAGGUUGGCCUUGUUAGGUGGGCCUAAAUAGACCGAUUCUGUUCUGUGAACAAUACCCGCAAAUUGAAAAGGCCGUUCGUGCUGUGUUGUGAGAGCCGCCGUAUUUCGAGAGCCACCAUGAGCUGGUUCAGGCUGAAGCGAAAGGAGAACAAAAGGAGUGUCGACUCUGGAGUCAUCGAAGAAAUUGGCCAGCCGUUUCAAGUAUCUCACGUUGUUCACGUAGGCUACAACCCGGCAACGGGAGACGUCGAAGGACUGCCAGAACCAUGGCUAAAGCUCUUGCAACAUGCCAACAUAUCCGCCAAGGAGCAGAGCAAACACCCAACUGCUGUUCUACAAGCACUCAAGUAUUAUCAACAUUCCAUAAAAAACAAGAAUGGUGUGGCCAAAUUUCUGGCAACGAAGGAAACUGUGGAACAAGAAUCAAAAGAAAUUGCAGACACUCUUCCAGAAAUGAGUGACGAUGAAGGCUUGGAUGAACCACCCGAAGAAAAGGCCGUACCAUCAAAAACUCUGCCCAUAGAUGGGGAGCAGAAACCUGCACUUGCUCCACUCGCCUCUCCAGUAAUGCGAAAUAAACGAGACGAAGCACCCCGAGUUUCUGAAGAAGAGGUCAUGUUGCAGCUACAAAGCAUAGUGAAUCCAGAAAACCCGAGAGAACGGUAUUCACUAAUGAAUAAAGUGGGCUCAGGGGCAUCAGGCACAGUAUACACAGCAACAGACCGCCGAACACAGCGCAAAGUGGCUGUGAAGACAAUGGAACUGGCCCAACAGCCCAAGAAAGAGCUGAUCCUGACGGAGAUUGAGGUAAUGAGGCAGAACAGGCACCCUAACCUGGUCAACUUUCUGGAUGCCUACCUCGUUGAUGGAGACCUGUGGGUGAUCAUGGAGUACCUCGAAGGUGGCGCUCUGACAGACGUUGUGUCGGAGACAGUCAUGCGUGAAGAGCAGAUGGCUGCUGUCUGCCUUGAGGCAACACGGGCCAUUGCAUUCCUGCAUUCUCAGGGCAUCAUCCACAGGGACAUCAAAUCUGAUAAUGUGCUGCUUGGCAUGGAUGGUGCGGUGAAGGUGACCGACUUCGGUUUUUGUGCCCAAAUUCGUCCUGACGAGAAGCGGCACACCAUGGUGGGCACACCUUACUGGAUGGCACCGGAAGUGGUCACGCGAAAGCAGUAUGGACCAAAGGUUGACGUCUGGUCACUGGGCAUUAUGCUGAUAGAAAUGAUGGAUGGUGAGCCUCCCUACCUGAACGAGACUCCCCUGCGAGCCCUCUACCUCAUUGCAACCCACGGUAAGCCACACAUACGGGACCGUGAGCGGCGAUCCCCACAGCUCCUAGACUUCCUGGAUCGGUGCCUUGAGGUGGAUGUUGAGAAGCGUGCCAAUGCACAGGAGUUGCUGGAGCACCCGUUCUUGCAGAAGGCAGCCUCACUCUCAACCAUUGUGCCUUUAAUACGAGCCGCCAAGAAAGUGCUCAACAAGGCUUGAUUCUAAACAGGGCACUUUUGCCAUUGGACCUAUGGUCAAUGCAUUGGAACACCAACACCUCCAGACUGGUUAACAUGACAACCACAAUCCCAUGGAUGUCAUGGUCCCAGGCCAUUUUAUAAUUGCGAAGCACCAAUAUGUUUUAGUUAUGUAUCGUAAGAGUGUGAUGUGUUUAGUGUGUAUUCAUCCGUGAUUCCAACAUCCAGUGAGACAUGCAAGAUUUCCAAGAGAGGUCUGUGCUUCUCAUCUCAAACGUGCGGGACUUCCUUCUCUUCACGUGCCUUUUUUGAUCCUCAUUCAGCUAAGAUUUUACGGUUGUAACUGCAGUGUUAACCACUGCCAAGCCAAACAUUUGCUCAUUGAGAGAGGCUUGAUAACUUUGAUGUCAACAUUUCAUGCUUUUUUUUUAUCGUUGAUUUGUUUCAUUUAUUUGUGAAUGUUGAUUAAAGUUGUACUACUUAAUGCAAGCGGAGCUAUUGUUUUGAGUUUGACAGUGCUGAGGAGUGUGUGGCAGUUGAUGCAUUCUUGAAGUGCUUGCCAAUGCUGGUGAUGUCCUCUGUGCAAAGAUUAAUGUUAAAGCCCAUCUUUUUCCAGGGCUUUAUGGUGUGUUGAAGGUCUGCUGCCUCAGUGAGAAAGCUUUGAAACUUCUGUGUCUCUCUUCUGUUGUUGUUAAUCAAGGAUGAGCAGAAUUACUUAUUUGGUAGUGCUUGAUGUCCGCACAAGGCAUGUUUUUUUAUCUUUAAGAGAAAUUCCAAGCUCGGGAAUGUCUGCUGCCACUGAGUGCAUUCCUUUCAGCUGUAGUAGCAUCUUCUACAAUGCGUGUUCAGAUUUUCCAUGUGCCUAAUGACCAAAAAUGUGUAACUCUUUCUCUAGCCAUCACCCUUCCUAAGUAGCAGUGCUUGAGAGUAGGGCAAAUCUGUGCUAUAACCUCGCUGUGUAAGUUUUGUCUUAACACUUCAUCACGGUGCCUCCAAUUCUGCCAAGCUUUACAAGGUUACUGUGAUCGUUCAAGAGCUGAGUAUCAGCUGUGCGCUGUUAAUAAUAUUCAAUGUGUAUUCAUUUCAGAGCAUGCAACAGUUGGCAAUCAUUUCUCAGGCUCGCAUACAUCAGCCAGACACAUUGAAGCCUUUCUUGCACGCUAUUUGCUCAUUCUGCCAAUUAUGCUGCGUCUAUGUGAGAACGCUGUCACUCCUGAAGGAUAGUAGCAAUAAUGCUUGUUGUACUGAACUCUUGUAUGUUUACAUCUGUUUGUGCACAUUUGGAUUAGAAUGAAAUACCAGUUGUGUGCAGUGGGCAUGCAACCUGGUGCACAGUGCACUGUGUCUGCCCAUAUGAGGGAGCACUCUUUCAGCUUUGUCAGCUUACCUUGUCUUGCCAUAUGUAAGGUCAAGCUGGUGUCUGGCACUUUAUUUUGCCACUUUUAAUGCGGUCAGCUCAUUGAAGACUUACUGCAAGCAUUCAGUAUAAUGUUUUAGCUUAUGUUUGAUCAUUUGAAAAGGAAUUUGUCGUGGUGAACUCAUCUACCUUGACGGUGACAUAUCGCACAGUGGAGCAGUUUUUUUUUAUGUAUGUAUUUUUCAAUUCCUGUCUGUUGAUCAACUGUUGUUUCUUGGAGGCCAUCUUUGAAAGAAAAAAAGGUCACACUCUAGUCAAACUCGCUGGCGUGCAGUGAGCACUUGCGUAAUAUUCUUUGCCAUUUCUAUGCAAUUAUAAGUAUUUUGAUGAGAGAAAUAUUUUUUUGUAACAUCUGAUUGUGUAUUUUUGAUACCUUGUAAAAAAAUAAAAUUUUUCUUUUA